UGAUUAGAACCGAUGCUUCUGCUUGCGCUGCUCUGAUUUGAUCUAAGAAAAUAAAUCCUGGUUUGUUAUGUUGACAGUGUUUGCAAUUACCGGGCGGCUCCCGAGCCAUUGUUUUUCGUGCACGCGGAGCAACAUCAAAGCACGCGCAAGUGAAUGUGAGCAACCUACAAAAAUUUAUUGAACCAUCAUGACCAGUGGCAGCACGUCCUUCGCUUCUCGCCAUGACGUUCCGGGUGGCAUUUACCUUGACCGUUUCAACGUGGGUUUCUACCUAGAAGACGCUCUGUCGCGCGUAGCCACAAAUGUAAACAACGCCGCCGGAGCUGCUGGGGGAGCUGCUACAGCAUCAUCCACCUCCGCAGCCGCAAAUGCUUCAACUGACCACUUCGAGGCUUUCGCCGGCGCCGGAAACCCGCUAGCCCACAGCUCGGCAUUGCAGCUGGAGCAGCAGCUGCAGACGCUCGCCGACUACUUUGGAAACGUGCUGGACGGGAAAACCAUCAGCCACGAACACCACACUAUCGCCUACCUGGAGGCCACGCCGUGGAACCGCCGCGCCUUUGUGAGUCACGUUAGGAGUACGGUGUUCGCGCGGCUGCGGCGGGACAAGGGUGCUGUCGUGAACAAAAGUCCACCAUCUUCCGCGGUGAUGGAAGCGGAAGAAGUAGAACAGCCACGGGAAUUAGAAGACCAAAACCUUGGGGAAAUGACCGGGCGUGAAGAGCACGCAGAAGACAUAGACAACAAUGAGGACGACGAAUCUACAGCGGCGGAUGUUGCACCAUCGUCUGCUGACCCCGCUGCCGCUGCUCCGGACGAGGGUUCCGACGAUUUGCCAGAAGCCAACACAAUAAAUCAGGACCCUGCAGCAAAGGCCGGUGUUGCGGCUGUCGUUGGUACGGCGAAAGGCAAUGAAGGUCCGCAAGCUGUUGGGAAUACCACUUCCGCAGCGGGAGAGCAACAAGAACCCGAGCUGGUUGAUUUUCAGUGCACGAUGGCGGAUUUUCACGCGUUGUUGCAAGCGGUUUGUGCGGAUUACCCCGCGGAUGCAAUGUGGCGCGAUGUGCUGGAGUUGCUGCUUGACGAAGUUGCGGACGGCACGGAAGGAGCAGAUCACGAGGCUGGAGGUGGUGCAACAUGUGGAGAUCCUCUUUCGCGCAUCGGUGAAGGAAAGUUUUCGACCGCGCCGGAAACUCUGCCCUCAAAGGGCGCGGCGCUGGAAGCCUGGAAGCAGUGCUCCGGUGAUGCGUGUUUACGGGCGCCUGUCCGAAGGUAUGCUGGGAAAAAUAGUUUGUUCUUUGGAUGAUAGUUUUGGUGCAGAUGCAGAUUUCAUUGUUCAAGUGAUCUCCUGCAGUGCGGUAUUUCUUCUCGAUCAUCAUAGACAGAAACACCAUUCAUGUUCCCUCCAGUUUCCGGUUUUCAGAGUUGGAUCUUGCCUGGGCGGUUUGCUUUGUCUACCAGGAGUUUGUCCUGGACUUGCGAAACCGGUACCGCCAGACGCACGUGCUAGCGCGGUCCACGGUUUUGGAAAUGAUCCAGGAUGCGCGGAAAAAUCAGGGCGAGGCCGUAUGUGAUGGAAUUGUGUCAGAAAGAAUCCACGAGUUGUAUGUGAUUGUACUGGGCAGAGGUAGACGUGGGCCGCAACGCAUAGCACGCCCGAAGACGGUGAAGCCCUUUUCUGUCACAUCGUACCGGCGCAGCUCUCUUGGUCCGAUGCCAACUUUUGCACUAGCGAAUGUAAAGCAGACUGGUAUGGCAUGAACGUGUUUUCGUUUUCAGCAUCACACAUCGUAUCAGAUCCUUUCACACCUUCAGUUUGGUUUCUGACACGAUUUCCGCCGAUACUCCUGGCUGGACUACGAUUUUGUGGAGCAGAUUUUAGAGGAUGGCGCAACGACCAUCAACGGACAGGAGGUGGUAUACACCUUCAAGGACCUGUUUUGCGGCAUAUUCAUGCCCCAACUCGGCCCGCAUUGCGGCCUGGACAGGCAAUUUUCCGGCGUGAAGGAACGGGAAACGGCGAGUUUGAUGCGACAGCGUCUGCUGGAGACGGCCAUGCACGAAGACGAAGAGCGGCGACGGAGAAGCCGGGAGAAAAAAAUGUCGAAUACCCGAAAGAGGAGAACGCGGCGGAAUUAGACAGAGCGCAAGAUUUAUGAUUCUUACCUUCGACGACCCUACUGUAUUUGCCCGGAAUUCGUUACAUUGUCUUCCUACCUUGAGUUCUCAUCGCAGGGCCGAAAAGACUGGCUCCAAAGGAAAGAUCGAUGUGUGCAAAAGUAUAAAGCGUCUGAAGAUUGGAAUCCAGCAGUAU